AUCAAACAAACAUAGCCUAGCUAUUCCAAAUUUUAUUUCUUUGCUCUAAUUUCUAUUAUUUGCAUGAAACGGAACACCGGAAUGGAGGAAUAGUCUAAGUCAAGUGAUCUGUUGCUGUUCUGUGUGGAUACAUAUUACAUAGUGAUAUGAGCUGUCAAUUAAAUAAGACCAACAAUGCCAUGCCUUAAGUGUGUUACUUGUUUAAUGUUUAUUUAAUAUCUAAUUAACUAUUUAAAAUUCUAAAGUUCGCUAAAAAUGAUGAUCAGUCAAGUGACCAAAAUUUUGUCUAGAACAGUGCAAACUGUAGGACGUUUUUCAAGUAAUCCACAAUCUCGAUCAUUGUUGUUAAUACAGAUGAGGUGUAAGCAGACCAGUACAGAAAAACGCUGUGAAGAAAAGCCUAAAAAGAGCAGGAAACUUGUGACUGCAGCAACAAUAGCAGUGGUAGGAACCACAGUAGCCGUAAUCGCAGCCAAGAAUGAUGAGGAGUUUAGGGAAUGGUCCAAAGAACAUUUGCCUGCCCUGGACAGUUUAGUCAGGGUUGUCUAUGAGGAGGAGGAGACUUAUUGGGAGUUUUUGACCAGAACACAUGAAGAGCUCACACAAUGGGUUAGGAAAAUGUUGUAUGAUGCUUUGAAGAGCAUGAAAGGUGGUGGUGAGAAGAAAGGAGGUGCAGCCAUUUCGGAAGUCUGUGUAGAAAGCAAGAAACCAUACAAGCCACCUGAAUCUGCUUUUCUUGUAAAGAAAGACGAAGAAAAGAAAGAUGAAAAGGAAACAUCUGAGAAGUCUGGAGCUCUACCCAAGCACAUGAAGGAACUGACGGACAUGGAAGAGAGACUUGGCAAGUCAGCCCAAGAAACCAUCCAGUCUUACCAUGCUGUCGUCUGUGCUUUAAAAGAACAAGCCAACCUCGUGGACAGCCUAGACCAGCUUAUUAGCAAACAUGAGUGCAAACUAUGGGAGAAACUUGGAAAGAAGAUGUCAGAUGAAAAGAAUUUUUCAGAGAAAGCAGAAGCAGCUCUAAGCAAAGUCCAGAGUGUAGCUGACCGACUGAAGACAAGACUGGAGGAAGAUUCCCAGUUAACUGAGGAUGUCAAGACGAAAGCCAGGAACAACCUGACAAUUGUGAUGGGUGAUGUCCAGAGAGCUAAGGAACACUUGGAGAAGGAGAAAGGAAAGCUUGUGUUGGCAAAACGUUCCUGGGAAAAAAUUCGACAAGCAAGGAUGCAUUUCACGGAAGAAUUGGAGACCCUCUUCCCGAACGUAUGGUUGAAUGAUGAGAAGCUGAACUUACCCUUGGACAGCCUGGACCCCUUCAUACAGAAUGUUCUGGACAAUAUAGUCUUCCUGGACAAGGAACUAUCAAAACUACAGACUGUGAGGGAUGCAGAAGUGAGCUCCGCAGUGGAGAGGUUUCGAUCAACUGGGGACCCAGAGAGCCUAAUAUUUGCCAUGGUCAAUUUAGAGGGGGGUAAGGAGAAGAGGUUUCGCCAAGAGGAAAUGCAAAGAAGUUUACUAACUCACCAGGCCAAGUGUGACAAGAAUGCCAGAGCACAGAUGAAGCAGCAGGCUGAGGUGUACCAUGACCUGAAGGCUGAGGCUAUCAGCAUGAAGGAGCGAGAGGUGGAACGCAAGAUGCAGCAACAACUGGAGGAACGCCUGGCUCAAGUCAGAGCUCAGCACAAGAUGGAAAUUGCUAAGAUGGUUGGCAGAAUACAGGGAGCUAAUGAGGCCAUUGCUCAGAGAGGUGACAAGGACAAGGAUCAGCAGGAGAAGCAGCAGUUCUGGAGCUCUGCUCAAAGCCUACUUUCUGCCAUUAAACCCAUCGGUGCCUCCAAGCAGAAAGAUCCCAAACCACUCAAAAAUGAGAUCACAAAUCUCACUAAAGCUGCACCUGAAGGAGACGAACUGGUGGAAAGUGUGGUAGGCUCAAUCCCCCAUCAAGCAUCAGAAAGAGGGGUAGAGUCUGAGAGUAGACUGAAGGAGAGGUUCCUGAAGCUGGAGACCGAAGCCCGCAAGGUGGCUGGGGUUCCAGAAGGAGAGGUGAGCCUGCUGCAGAUAAUGGUGGCACGACUACAGAGCAUCCUGUAUGUGGAUGAAGACAUUCCUCAGCUGGAACUGGACAAUGAACCUAUUGAUGUCGACCAGCUCAACAAUUAUGAAGUCCUGCACAGAGCCAGGUACAUUUCAUGCUAAUAAUGUUCCAGAUUU